CGCUGUCCACCGCCUUUGAUCACCGCCAUCUCCAUCACCGGUCACCGGAGAACGAUAAAUCGGAGACCAAAAAGUCCCGGUGAACUCUCCGGCGAAUAAACUCAGGCAGUAGUGAGUUGUUGAUUGAGGCAGAAUGGUGGCUCCAUCAUCUGACUCUACAUCACUGAAGAAGUAUCUGAAAAAAUAUGAAAGUGGGUAUGAAGAGGAGAAGAAAAAGAAAGCUAAAACUGAUGUCUCAGGUGUCAUUAUUGUUGAUGAGGAUCCUGUCUGGCAAAAACCUGAGGAAGGGGAUGAUUCACCAGAUCCACUUCAAGAUAAUGACUUGUCACCUCCCCGGAAACGCAAGUCACGAUAUCGGUGGUCGCCUGUGAGGCAAAAGACUGGUUUGGUUACUGGCAAGGAUGUGAAGGAUGAAAUUGCUAAAACAAAGAAAGAGGAGUGGUUGAGGUUUAAAGAGAUGGAUGGUGUAGUUAGUGGGCGAGGUGCUAAACCAGUAUAUCGUGAUAAAGUAACUGGGGAACGGGUAUCAAAGGAAGAGUACUUGCAGUCUCAGAAAAAGAAAGAGCCGAAGGAAAUAAAGGUGGAAUGGGGUAAAGGUUUGGCUCAGAAACGUGAGAUGGAGGCUAGGCUUAAAGAACUGGAAAGUGAGAAGGAGAAGCCAUUUGCACUGAGCAGAGAUGACCCUGAACUGGAGAAUAUGUUGAAGGACAGGUUGAGAUGGGGUGACCCCAUGGCACAUUUAGUCAAGAAAAAGAGAGCAGAACAGGUUUUGCCUGACCUGGGAGCAGAUGACAAAAUGAAAGAAUCAGGCUUCAUAAUUCCCCAAGAAAUUCCCCCUCAAAGCUGGAUACGCAGAGGCUUGGAUGCAGCACCCAAUCGCUAUAGUAUCAAACCAGGAAGACACUGGGAUGGGGUUGACCGCAGUAAUGGUUAUGAGAAACAAAUGUUUAAACGUAUGAAUGAGAAGCAGGCGACCGAAAGAGUAGCAUAUCUUUGGUUUGUUGCUGACAUGUGAGGCGCCCUGUUACCUCAAUCUACACUAAUUUUUCAGAUUGCACAACUGAUUUAGUUUUACCUUAG